AUGCUAGGCCAGACAGGGCUCGGCUACUCCUUCGACGACUUCACUAACUCCAAGGCGGACGAGCUGGGUGACUGCAUCAAGCGCUUCUUCCCCGUUCUAGUGCAGAACACCGCGAUGCUUCUGGUCUGCUCCGAGCUCGAACCGUGGUUCUCUCACUCCACCAUCCGCGCGCUGUUCUGUCUCGUCCCCCAUAAGGGUAUUCGGUACUUCAUGUACAUCAGUGAUACCAUGACGAAGCGCGCCCGAGAAAUCAUUGUGCGGGCCAACAUAGCGGCGGCAGACAACGAGAAGUUGACGCACGAAGAGCUCGUGGCCCAGAUCUCGACGUUCAUGCUCGCUGGAAUGGACACCACCUCCAACGCCCUCGCACGGGUUUUCCAGCUCCUCGCUGAGCAUCCCGAGGCGCAGGCCAAGCUUCGCGCCGAGGUCGCCGAAGCGCAAGGCAACGACCGCGCCGACCUCUCGUACGAAGUCCUCGAGCGCCUCCCGUAUCUCGACGCCGUCUGCCGCGAGACCCUCCUCUUCGCCCCCGUCCCCGCGUCAAGCCGCACCACCUACGACAGCGCGACGAAAGACACCGUGCUCCCGUUCAUGGAGCCCAUCCGGCUGCGCGACGGCACCGAGGUUUCCGAGUUGUUCGUCGAGCGCGGCACGACCGUCACCCCGCUCUUCUUCGCGACGAACAUCGACAGGGCGCUCUGGGGCCCGGACGCGAACGAGUGGAAGCCCGAGCGCUGGCUGAGAGCCAUCCCGAAGCCGGUGGAGGACGCGCGGAUCCCGGGGGUCUAUGCGCAUCUGACGACGUUCUCGGCCGGGACACACUCGUGUAUCGGUUUCAAGUCUUCGCAGCUCGAGAUGAAGGUCAUCAUCUCGCUGUUGAUCACGCGGUAUCAGUUCGACGUUACCCGAAAGCCGGUCGCAUGGAACUUUGCGCCUGUGAUCCACCCGACCAUGGGCGAAGAGAGCGAGAGGCCGGAGUUGCUGUUGAACGUGACUGCAACCGAGGAUUGA